AUGGGGGCGGCGGCGGCGGCGGGAGGCGGCGGCCGGAGCAGCAGGGAGUCACGAGCGCCUCUGCGCCAGCCGCAGCCGCCUCCGCGCUGGGCUGCCCGGGCCAGGCGCUGGGGAGCCGGGGCGGGCGCGGCGCUGCUGGCGACUCUCUGCUACCUGAACUCCCUGCGCGGCGAGUUCGUGCACGACGACGUGUGGGCGAUCGUCAACAACCCGGACGCGCGGGCGGCGGCCCCCUUGGCGGCCGCCUUCGGGAACGACUUCUGGGGCAAGGGCAUGGCCGAGAACACCAGCCACAAGUCCUACCGCCCGCUCUGCGUCCUCACCUUCAAGCUGAACGUAUUGCUGGCUGGGAUGAACCCGUUCUACUUCCACGCCGUGAAUGUAGUCCUGCACUGCCUGGUGACCCUUGUGCUGAUGUACACUUGUGACAAAGCCGUCUUCAAGGACAGCCGCCUGGCUUUCGUCACGGCCCUCUUCUUCGCUGUCCACCCCAUUCACACUGAGGCCGUAACGGGUAUAGUAGGCAGAGCAGAUGUCUUGGCCUGUCUACUAUUUCUUUUGGCUUUUCUCUCCUAUAAUAGGAGUGUGGAUCAGCUUUAUGUUGGGGAACAUUUCCCCCCCACUGCCUCCCUCUCCUUUUUGCUGCUUAGUUUAUUUCUUGGGACCUGUGCAAUGCUGGUGAAGGAAACUGGGAUCACCGUGUUUGGUGUUUGCCUGGUGUAUGAUGGCUUCUUGCUUUCUCAAAAUAGACUCAGAAUGAAAAACGGAGGGGUGCACCAGAAGAUUCCUCGGCCUCCUUCAGCUUCCUUACAUGCUUCGUUGCAGUUUCCGUCAUCCAGCAGGGAAAACGGGAAGCACCGCGUGGCUCACAAGGGGACAUGGAACUCCUGCCACCCGGCAUCGCCUGAAGAACAGCAGCACAACGGCCUUUCUGUCUUGAGCAAAGUUGUGAGGGCUGUGCUAAGUUACCUGACCAUAAGCAACAAACAGAAGUUCUUAUACAUCACAAGUCCUUUUUUAAAAAGGGCUGCCUUGGUACUUACCUAUGUGAUCCUACUUUUGUAUUUUCGCUUCUGGAUAAUGGGAGGUUCUAUGCCAGCGUUUUCAGAACAGGACAAUCCAGCUUCAUUCUCACCUUAUCUUCUUACAAGGUUUCUUACUUAUUCCUACCUCCUGGCCUUCAAUGCCUGGCUUCUACUGGCUCCCGUUACUCUGUGCUAUGACUGGCAGGUUGGGAGUAUCCCUUUGGUUGAAUCGAUCUGGGACAUGAGGAAUUUUGCCACACUUCUGAUGGCAGUGGUGAUGCUGCUGCUGGGUCUGCACUGCAUAGUAGCAUACAAGAAACUGGAACACAGAGAAGUUCUAGUUGGCCUGUUGUUCCUGGUUUUCCCCUUCAUACCGGCUAGCAACCUCUUCUUCAGGGUGGGAUUUGUUGUGGCCGAGCGCGUCCUGUAUAUGCCUAGUAUGGGUUACUGCAUCCUCUUGGUCCACGGCUUAAACAAGCUUUGUAUGUGGCUAAAUAAAUGGGGAGCCACUGCAGCGACCCUCUCGGCUUUGCUGCUGUUGCUGUUCUCAUGGAAAACAGUGAAGCAGAAUGAAAUCUGGCUGUCAAGAGAGUCCCUUUUCAGGUCAGGCAUCCAGACUCUGCCCCAUAAUGCCAAGGUGCACUACAACUAUGCCAAUUUUUUGAAAGACCAAGGUCGCGACAGUGAAGCCAUCUACCACUACAAAACAGCCCUCAAGUUGUACCCACGUCAUGCAAGUGCCCUGAACAACCUUGGGACAUUGACCAAAGACUUGGCAGAGGCAAAGGAAUACUACAGCAGAGCCCUCCAGCUGAAUCCACAGCACAACCGGGCCCUCUUCAAUCUUGGGAAUCUGCUCAAGUCCCGGGGGAAGAAGGAAGAAGCUGUUCUCUUACUGAGAGAUUCCAUUCAGUAUGGACCAGAUUUUGCAGAUGCUUACUCCAGCCUCGCUUCACUGUUGGCUGAACAGGACCAAUUAAAAGAAGCAGAGGAAGUGUACCGGGCUGGAAUAGAGAACUGUCCCGAGAGCUCCGAUCUGCACAACAACUAUGGGGUUUUCUUAGUAGACACAGGAUCUCCAGAGACUGCAGUUUCCCACUACCAGAAGGCCAUUCAGCUUAGCCCCAGUCAUCAUGUGGCCAUGGUGAACCUCGGCAGGCUGUACCGCUCCUUGGGGCAGAACAAAGAUGCUGAAACUUGGUACAAACGGGCACUGAAAGUAGCACGGAAGGCUGAAAUCUUGUCUCCUCUUGGAGCUCUGUAUUAUAACACAGGGAGAUACGAAGAUGCCUUAAAGGUGUACAGGGAAGCUGCAGCACUUCAACCAUCCAACAAGGAGACUCGGCUGGCUCUGGCUCAAGUUUUAGCAAUGAUGGGGCAAACCAAGGAAGCAGAACAAAUGACCAAUCAUAUUGUGACUGAGGAGGCAGAAUGCCUGGAGUGCUACCGCCUUUUGUCAGCCAUCUACAGCAAGCAAGAGAACUACAACAAGGCGCUUGAAGCCAUAGACAAAGCUCUACAGCUGAAACCAAAGGACCCCAAAGUCAUAUCAGAACUCUUUUUCACUAAAGGAAACCAGCUAAGAGAACAAAAUCACCUGGACAAAGCUUUUGAGAGCUAUAAAGUUGCUGUAGACUUCAACCCAGAACAAGCGCAAGCCUGGAUGAACAUGGGGGGGAUUGAGCAUAUCAAGGGCAACUACAUCAUGGCACGUGGCUAUUAUAAGAAAGCUCUGCAGCUGGUUCCAAACAGCAAGCUUCUGAAAGAGAAUCUGGCUAAACUGGAUCGCUUGGAGAAACGGCUGCAGGAAGUUCAAGAGAGGGGAUAAAAACGGGGGACAGCCAGUGGAGUGCAAUGCCUCCUGGAGAUGAGCGGAAACUGUGGAAGCCCCAAAGCCCACACAAGACAGACGUGAACUGAAAGGACCUAGGGGGGAGGCAGUGGUGACCCCAACUAAGAAGGUGCACAUGGGAAUCAUGCGGGAGCCACCAGAAAGCUAUGGGGAGUCCUGCUGCUUCUCUCUGGAUGAGGCGAAAAGCUCAUUGUAAUCCAGAAUUAUAUUUGGGUUUGCCUCAUGGUACUUUCCAUUAGUGCUGACAAUAGGAAAUGCUUAUAUAACGUCCACGUCUCUCACUUGUUAAAAAUCACCAUCAUCAUCAUCAUCAUCAAGCAGUGGGAUGAUUAUGAGAAGUGAAACAGUGGCCUGAUUCAGCAAGUAACGGAGGAGGCAGACCCCACCAUUCAGUCUUGAUUUAAGGAAGAUUUUACCAUAGAGGCCUACCAAAGCCAGGCACCUGAUUG